AUGCCGCGACUUUUCGACCAGUUUAAGCUGCGCGGCGUCACCUUGCGCAAUCGAAUCGCGGUGUCGCCCAUGGUCCAGACCAGUUCGGUCGAUGGGUUCGCCACCGACUGGCACUUGGUACACCUGGGAGCCAGAGCCGCCGGAGGUGCUGGCCUGGUGAUGACUGAAGCGGCUGCCAUCGAUCCACGCGGCCGCAUUAGCGUUGGUGACCUUGGCAUCUGGAAAGACGAGCAUAUUGGCAAGUUGAAUCAGAUUGCGGACUUUAUUCGCAAUGAAGGUGCGGCCCCCGGUAUUCAACUCGGCCAUGGCGGUAGAAAAUCCAGCUAUGGCCUUCCCUUCAACAGCCAGGGCAUGCAACCACUACGCCAACUGAGCCAACAGCAAGGUGCCUGGCCAGUACUCGGUGCCAGCCCAAUUGCGUUCGAUGAAGACUCGCCAGUUCCGCUCGAGAUGUCAUGUCAGCAGAUCGAAGAAGCCAUUCAGUCCUACGGCAGGGCCGCUACUCGAGCAGUCGAGGCGGGGUUUGAUUGGAUAGAAGUACACGCCGCUCAUGGCUAUCUUCCCCACUGCUUUUACUCUCCCCUAUCGAACGUCCGCGCCGAUUGCUACGGCGGUAGUUUCGAGAAUCGUAUUCGCUUCACCAGAGAGGUCGCGCGACACAUUCGAGCAACAAUCCCCGAGGAAAAAGUGCUCGCGUUUCGACUGUCGUAUACCGAUUGGGUCGAUGGUGGUUGGACAAUUGAGGAAACGGUUGAGCUGGCAAAAUAUCUGAAGCGUGAUGGCGUUGACCUCAUCGACGUAAGCUCGGGUGGCUCCACUGCAAAAACCGAUGAUCCUGUCGCUGACAUCCCGAUCGAACCUGGGUAUCAAGUACCGGGUGCGAUCGCCGUGCGCAACGGUGCCAAUGUGCCGGUUGCAGCAGUUGGACUCAUCACCGAAGCCAAGCAAGCCGAUGACAUCGUACAGCGAGGUCAAGCCGAUCUGAUCAUGUUAGCCCGAGCAAUGCUGCGCGACCCCAACUGGCCCAUUCGCGCUGCAAUUGCGCUGGGAGAAUGCAAGCGAGCUAGAAUUCCGGUGCAGUACCACCUGGCCUGGAAGGACCAGGGUGAGUUCACUUACCUGCCAAUAUCUGCGCCGUCCCUGGACUAG